AUGAAGGCCGGGGGAGCGGAUGCAGGGGCGCGGGAGAGUCAUAUCAUUGAGAAAAUGAAGAGCAGCGCCGCUGCUGGUGGGAACAGCAACACCAACGCGAACACCACCAGUAGCGGUGGUGGGUCUGGUGCUGCUGCUGCUGCGGCGGCGGCGGCGAAGGGCAGCGGUAGUGACACCGUCGGCGGCAGUCAUGCGACGACAGAGGCGAACUCCAAUUUGCUGCGCGCGUUGCGGAUGAGUGAGGCGACCAACGAGACGGGCUACGCGACGCUGCAGCAGCUUGGGCGGCAGAAAGAGACGAUUGGCCGCACGCUGGACAGCGUGGGGGAGACGCGGAGUGAGCUGCGAGGCGCGCAGCGGACCAUUCGGGAUAUUCGCAUGGGCGUGUACAAGGAGUGGAUAGUGAAGGGGCUCGUGCUGCUGCUACUGCUGCUGCUCGACCUUGUUCUCUUCUACACCAAGUUCAUUCGCAAGCGGUGA